AUGGCCUCUGCAUCUCCCAAUCUCUACAGCUUCCCCAACAGCAAUGCGCUGGCGGAGUCACUGCGCGUUUACGUCCUUCGUGCCCAAAAUUCCGCUCUCAGCCGCCAUGAGAGCUUCCGCCUAGCCGUCUCGGGUGGCUCCCUCCCCGCCGUCCUGGCCAAAGCCCUCCUGGCCCCCGGCAAUGGCUCCCCGGAGGAUACCCCUCAAUUCUCCAAGUGGCACAUUUUCUUCGCUGACGAGCGCGCGGUCCCACUUGACCACGAAGAGAGCAACUACCGCUUGCUGAAGGAUGAGCUCGUGGCCAAGAUCCCUGCCGAACUCGGCUCACCGGUGAUCCACCCCAUUGAUGAGAAGCACGUCCACGACGACGACCCACAGGAACUCGCAGACCUCUACCAAGAGGAUCUGAUGCGUGAGUUCGCCGCAAAGGAUUCCGUGAAGCUGCCCGUUUUCGAUCUCAUCUUGCUCGGCUGCGGUCCCGACGGUCACACCUGUUCGCUGUUCCCAGGUCACGAUUUGCUGCGCGAGAAGGACGCCUGGGUUGCUCCCGAGACCAAUUCUCCCAAGCCCCCUCCUAAGCGCAUCACUCUGACCCUACCUGUGGUGACCCACGCUGUCAACAUCGCCUUCGUGGCGACUGGCGCCGGAAAGAAAGAGAUUCUGAAGCAGAUCUUCGAUUUGGAAGAGGGUUCCAGUCUUCCUUCGGCGCUAGUCAACCAGGGUGCAGGUGAAAAGGUCAGCUGGUUCACUGAUCACCCUGCUGUUGACGGCGUUGCGUUCUCUCGCCGUGGAAGCCUGUGA